UGCACCACAACGGUAUGCAUAAAGGACCCGGGGUGCGAGCUUCUCUGCCUGCGCCCGAAGGGGCAGUCCCUCUCGCGCAGCGGUUAAGCGUACGCUAAAGAGGUCCUGUCGCAGAGGAAGGGAAAGGGACGAGCGAACCGACAAUAGACACAGGAUGCAGCCCGCAGGCUGCAGACGCGCCCGGGCACCGCGACGCCUUUCAACACACAAUCCGCCAGGGCCUCCGCCGACCUUGCAGGUGUCGACAUCGCCAGCCCCUCCGCUGGGCAGCCGGUGCAGCCACAAGGGCGCGCCGACCACGGCGGACAAGGGCGGACGCAUGGGAUUUCUGGUACGUCGCUUGGCUGGGCGUACAGUUACAGCCAGGCCCAGCUGGGGCCAUCGGGGGUGCGUCACUCAGACCUUGGCCCGCUCGCGUAGAAGGGAUCAUUGGGACGAUGCCUGUGCGGGGCGAGCUUCGCGGCCUUCAGCCUACUGCAGCCUCGUGAGGGUUGGGAAGAAAAGGGGAAUGCGAAACGCGUCCUACUCCCCUUUUGGCUACCGUGGGAACUUGGCCAAGCGCGAUCACCGCCCUCCCAAUUCGUCCGCGCUCGCCACCACUCCGAGUCCCGGGCGCGUUCUAGGACUACCCACCGUCAUGGCCUCCCGGGAAGCUGCCGUUCGCGCCGUGCGCACCUUCCGCCUGCACGAGAUCCAUGGCGCGAAGAUGGCGCUGCCCCGCCUGGGCGUCGACCUCACCGACGCGAAGCAGAUCGACCCGGAAUUAGCGCGGAGGAUGAAUCCGCAGCUCCUUCCCAACGCGCGCGCCCUCAAGCCGGAUGUGAGGCAGGCGCAGCUGCAGAACCCUUUCUUGCCCAACAAGCACCCUGUCACCGGGAAGUGGAAGGGCCCGAAGUACUCCCUCCGCCGCCAGGCCGAUUUGGUGAAGAAGGCAAAGGCCGCGGGCCUGCUGCACCUCCUCCCCAGCGGGCCGAAGAAUCCUCUUCCCCUCGAGCCCAAGGCAGUACCAGCUGUCCAGACAAAGACUCCUGCUGCGAGCGAAGCUAAGGCCGACGCACCCGUCGAGGCCGCAGACGCCGCUCCUACCCCCACUCCAGCCGCUGCCGAAGCCGCGCCAGAAGAGGAAGCCGAGCCUACCCCCGCCCUCCCUGCGCGGGAGUACCGCCGCCGCCAGCGCCUCGCGCUCAAGGACCUCUCCGGGGAGUGGACCGGCGACGUGCACUGGGUCGGCGAGCACCGCGCGCGCGACGCGCCCGUCGCGCGGCUGUACUCGGGCAAGCGCAGGAUGUUCAAGGGCAAGAAGCACGAGCGCGUCGCGCACAUCGUCCGUGGAAAGCGCGCGGUGCGCAUGCGGGAUAUGGCGAAGCGCGUGCGGGAGUACAAGGAGUUCUACAGGAGCCGCCGUCCGGAUCCGCUCGCGGUGCCGCGCAACGUCAAGGGCAAGUUGCCGUUCUAGGCGUGCUUCUGGUAGUAUACGUACCAUCAUGCAAUCCAUCUACACCACCGCUGUCCUUGCGUCUCUGAGUGACGCUGCUGCUUCCGAUUGCUGCCCCAGUCCUUCAGACCUUUGAGCUGGUCUUUGGGCCGGACUCUGAAGGUUCUUUCGCGCGUGCUCGUUAAACAAAGGGAGCUUCCUCGCGCAUAUGAACGAAGGGAAGGACUUAGCGCUCAGGCCCACGACAUUCAAUUUCCU